UAAUCCGUGGCCAAGUGUGACACGUGCUCGAGUGUUGUACCCGGUGCAUCAGCUGUUCCUCCCUCGACGAGCUUUUUGCACACUCUGAAGAUGCAAUUCCACUCUAUCUCGGGAUGCGUCGUCCUUUUUACGUGUAUCAUCCUUGCCAGCAGAGUCUCUGCCCAAGACGACGAUUCUUUAGCCGGUAGCUUCCUAUCAGGUCUUUUGGAUUCGAUAACUAGUACAUCAAACAGUGCAGAUUGUCCUGGCUAUUGUGUACACGCAUUAGCAACGAUAAUAUGUUACGAUGUUUUGGAAGAUGUUCAAUGUCCAACACCUAGCAUGCGUUGUUGUAUAGAAGCUCCAGCAAAUGGUACAGAACCAGAAGAAGAUUCUAAUGAAGUUUAUGAAAAUAUUACUACCACGACAACAACAACAACAACAACAAAAGCUACUACAACUGUUUCAACAACAACGACCACAACAACUCCUUCCACUACUACAACUAUUUCCACAACUUCGAUGACACCAAAAACGACCACGGUCAAUCAUAAUAUAACCGAUCAUUUGGAAAAAACAUAUGGAAAAACUUGUGCGGAACAUGGCAUAUGCAUGCAAGAUCGGAUCGCAGAUUAUUGCGAUGCGGUUCUAAAAGUCGACUCCCUCUGUAAAUCGGGGAUGCGAUGUUGCGUGUCACGAGAUGCAUUUGGAGAUUCUCCACCGCCGGAACUGGUUGUCAUCGACAGGGCAAAGUCGAAUGGAACACGCCACGAAGAAAAAACGGCGACAAAUGCGACUGUGUCAGGACCAGGACCUGGAAAGGGGAUUGUGACAACAAUACGACCUUCUGCAGAUGGCACAUCUCGACCUCCGAUGCUUACAUCUACGAUGGUCACGGCUGUACCAGAGGCAACGAGUGUCAGGCCAAGGCCUCCUGGAAAACCUUGCAAGGGCGAAUGUGUUAAUGGAUUCUUUGCCUUCUUCUGUGAACAAACCGACGGCGACGCUGAUUGUCCGGCAGAUUCUACUUGCUGCAUCACGGAGCCUCCUGCUAGACCGGAAACAACGACAACGACUUAUAGACCUGUGACUAAACCUGCUCAGCCGAAACUACAACCCUGUUCUGGUUUUUGUCUCUUGUCGAUUAUGGCUGCAUUCUGUGAGCGUCCUAAUGUAAUUAUUGCAAGAACUUCAACGUGUCAGGCUGGAUCCAUUUGUUGCGAUAAUACAAAGAGUCCACCUCCGACUCAAAGACCCAGGCCGAGACCGACGCAGCCAAGACAGACAACAACUACUGUCUCUUUACCGCCUGAUCCUCGGCCUGAAUGCCCUGGUUCUUGCAUCGUCUCGUAUCUUUCGUUCACAUGUUUCAGGAAUGCUGAACUGACAAAUAUAUUCAAGUGUAAAAAGUCUGGUCACCAAUGCUGUGCCCCGAAAUCAAUUAUUCGAGAAUUCAGUGGGGGAAAUUCCAGUGAAACUGUACUGACUAAUCGGAAUGAUACGUUCUAUCCCGUUACUUCUCGGCCAUAUACGUCCUACACGACACCUUUCACAACCAAUGUUUUUGAAACGACAACUGUUUUGGCAAGUACAACAAAAAGUCCUGUGUACAGCAAAUACGUUUGCGGGGUGAAAGGUACUUCUCGAGCUCCAGUGCAAGCUCGAAGUGCCGAUCGAGGAGCGAGAGUUGUGGGUGGUGAGGAUGCAGAUGCCAAUGAAUGGUGCUGGCAAGUUGCCCUAAUCAACUCCCUUAAUCAGUAUCUCUGUGGAGGUGCGCUAAUUGGAACACAAUGGGUCCUGACAGCCGCACAUUGCGUCACAAAUAUCGUUCGAUCAGGUGACGCGAUUUACGUCCGAGUUGGCGAUCACGAUUUAACCAGAAAAUAUGGAAGUCCUGGUGCACAAACUUUAAGAGUUGCAACAACCUAUAUUCAUCACAAUCACAAUAGUCAAACUUUGGACAACGAUAUUGCUUUGCUGAAACUACACGGCCAAGCUGAACUUAAAGACGGUGUCUGUUUAGUUUGUCUACCUGCGAGAGGUGUUAGUCAUACGGCAGGAAAAAGAUGCACUGUUACUGGUUAUGGAUACAUGGGCGAAGCGGGUCCAAUUCCAUUGAGAGUGCGUGAGGCAGAAAUACCAAUAGUCAGCGAUGCAGAAUGCAUAAGAAAAGUUAACGCAGUUACAGAAAAAAUUUUCAUACUACCGGCGAGUAGUUUUUGUGCUGGUGGCGAACAAGGCAACGACGCAUGUCAGGGCGAUGGAGGAGGACCUUUAGUUUGUCAAGACGACGGAUUUUACGAAUUAGCGGGAUUAGUUUCAUGGGGUUUCGGCUGCGGCAGAGUCGACGUUCCCGGUGUUUAUGUAAAAGUUUCGGCAUUUAUUGGCUGGAUAAAUCAAAUAAUAUCCGUGAAUAAUCUUUAGCUCUUUUAGUUUGCUCAUAUAUGCUUAUUUAUUGUAUCAUUGUCAUAUGAGUGCGCAUCUAGACGGUUGGUCCUUCAUAAGCAUUAAGCAUCGAUGCACAGAAGAAGCGAAUUCUAAAGCCGGAAUCGAAAAUUAUUGACCUAGACUUUAGCGUCGCAGCUGUGAUAUUUAUUAAUUUCCAAGAGCAAAAUUUAACUCCACGAUUAAUUAAUUAUUUAUGAUAAUUAGCGAACGCUCGAGGUUUCAAAUUGAAACUCAGGUAUCGAAGAUGUUAUAUAAAUGUGAUGAAGGUGUUUGAACGAAUGGAUCUGUCAAAAGAUUUAUAAGGAGACUCAUUUGUCUCGAUUCUGUUUGUCACUUUUUCUAUAUUCAAGUCACGAUCGAAUCCAUUUUAAA